AUGCAACGAGCGACGGAUUCAGGGAGAGCAGAGCAAGCGCAGAGCGUUGAGAGCGGACGGAGAGUGGCGCCUGGGGAUGCGAGACGGGGCGGUGCAGCGAGCGUGUUGAGGGUAGCAGGAAAGAAACGGGAGAUGGCGCAAGAUCAGCAGCAGAGGGCAGGCAGUGAUUGCGAAGACAGAACUCCUGAGCAGGAGAGCAGCGACAAGGCAGAGGCGCAGCGGCGGCGGCCGGAGAUAUGGGCUAGUACACGCGUCUUGGCGAUCAGGGCAGCUCGCCGGCCCACUGGCCCUCGUCUGCUCCUCUGGCCCCUCUGGCGCCUGUUUCUGCCCUUUGGCGCCCCCUCGCCUUGCUCCACCAGGCCCAGUUGA